GCCCUCUUUAUUGUGUGUCCCUUAGAUACGCAGCCAGAAUUUGUUUAUCUUUGCGGGCUUUCCAUUCAAUCCCUUGGUUACGUCUAACGAGUCAGUGAAAGGGCCAAACUUUCUCACGAACUGUAUUUCUGUUUCUUGAAUAUGGCAUUAAAAAGAACUAUUGAAAGCUAAAACAAUGGCGAAAGUGACUACUCAUGCGGUUGGAAGCUGGGUAAUACUAAAUUCAAUACAAAUUAUUAUAAUAAAUUAUAUCAUUAGUCAUUAGUAUUAGUUAGUAAUUGGAGAAUUAGAAUUAGACUUAGUCUAGAUAUAAAUUCUAAAUCAUUUAAAUGCCUAAACUAAAUGAAAGUAAAUUAAAUCAAAACUAGUCUAUACUUUCUAUAGACUUUACUUCAAAGUUUACUUUUAGAAGUACAGUUCUAAUGAUUAAUAGGGCUAAUAGGCUUAAUAGGGCGUAGGGCGUAGACAGACAGAAUAGUUAAAAGUAUGCUGCCCCGCCAAGCCAAAGUCUGCUCAUUGUUUAUUGGCAAUGUUUGUAGUAACACUCAAUGUUAUAUACACUAUACACAUUUUCUUUUCUUAUCUAAAUUAUAAUAGUAUGAAUUUUUAUUGGGUGCAUAGAAUAAGAACUUAUAAUUUAAGACUAUAAAAUUAUAAAAUAGAUAUAAUAUCAUACAUAAUAUGACAAUAUUUAAAAUCUGCAUUUUUUAAAAUUAAAAUAAUUAGUAAUUAGUAUUAGUACUAUUAGACUUAAAAUGAAGAAACACCAAAACAGAUAUAUUUCGGAAUUUUCCUGGUAAUUUUGAGUGAAUUAAAAAAAUCAUAAUCACAUUUGGGUAUGACACUUAUCACUUAUGUAAAUGUAAUUACAAUUGCAAUAAGUCAAAAAGCACAGAAUAAACAUUUACCAAAAGGCAAGGGGUCAAAUAAAUUAAAAAAAAAAACAUUGAAAAUAAACACAAAUUUGUUGGUUAUGAAUUAGAAAUAAAAAAGUUUAAAAACUAUAUAAAAUAUGGUGCUACGCUACCCCUUGGCAGCAGUGAUCCCUGUAGUCUCACAAGCUCAGUAAAAAAAUUUCUGCAGCCUUGACGCUUAUGUAGUGGGCUGCUUUUAAAAAAAAAUUAAACUUAUUAUAACAAUGAUAAAUUUAAUUUUAGUAAAUAAUGUACAUUUUUUAGAAGACAUUUAAUAAAAUUAGAUUUUGCAUCUCAACUAUGCAAGUUUUACAGCAACCACAAUGACUAAAUGAUAAAACUGCAUAAAGCUUUCAAAUGCUCAUUAAUGGACUUAAUAAUUAAAAUGUUAAAAUUACUAAAAUAUAUUUUUUUGUUUUCAGUUUCCAACAGGAUACUAUGGUCAUUAUCGUAGUAGGACACGCACAGAUUUUGUAAAUGAAUACAGGCAGCUUGCAAAACCUCAGCCACCACAGCGAUUUAUUUUUCGAGCAUCAGUAAGUGUAAAACUGAAUAUCAAUAAAUUUUUCAAAACAAUUUUACAUUUUUUAAAUGUUCAUUUUAUUGCAUUCAACACAUCAACUUCAGUUAAGUGUUUUACCAUUAUUUGCAGACAUUGCUAAUACUUGCUAAUACCUUAAUUCUUGCCUUAAAAAAACAACAUACAAUUACUCUUUUAAGUUAAUUUCAUCUUAGUAGGACUAUUACAGCCUUAAUCAUUUACUGAGUUAACUGUUAUAAUAUUUGUCAUAUUUAGGACAAUAUUUGCCUGUUCAAUACAACUUGUAAGACAAGAUGAAUUUAUGAGAAUUUUAAAGUAUUUUGUGUGAAGAAUAUGUACCACCAUGACCAAGUUUAAAAUUUUAACAAAUGAACAUAGCUUUAAAUUUAAUAAUUUCAUAAAUCUUACUAAAUGAGAAGUUAACCAAUAUUUUUGUUAUAAACUACCCAUAAUAGAUUUAUUGAAUAUGAUUUACAUGUAAUUUUAUUUCUAUCACACAGCAACCAGCAAGUUCACAUUUGUUUUCUCUACAUGAUAACAGAAAUUCUGCAAUCACAGAUGCAUCAUAUUUUGCACAAGUAAGUCAACAGCUGAAAAGUACUUGUUAAGAAUAUCUUAAUGCCUUUUAUAUAGAUUUCCGCAGAACAUUUAAGUAAAAAUAUGUGACAUGGUUUUAAAUAAAAUGACAGUUUUAUUACAAGACCAGGAACAUUUUCUUUAAUGAUGACUCUGCCCCGGUCACCUCAAACAUGAAAUAUCUAAAAGAACUUGAAAAAAACCUUAUUAAAGCAGCAUCAUUACCCUAAUUUGAAAAAAAAAUGUAUCUAUUAGAGGCUAAGGUUUUUACUACAACACACAAGGUUUUUCCAUCCACCUCAUGAAACAGAAUUGCUCUAAUGAUGGAGGAAUUUGAGGACACUUGUUUUAACUUUCUUUAACAUAGAUAUUGACUAAGGAUGUUGCCUUUGCCAUUUAAGUGAAACACAUACAUGUUAUUGUGAUUUAAAAAAAAAAACAUUUAUGGGCCUAGGCAGCUGAUUAACAACUCUAUUUGAUAGAUCAGCCAAGCAAGUUGCAAAGCACCAAAAAUUUAAAUUGGGAUUAAGAAGCUCCAAAAAAUAUUUCCUUCCAAGAAUUAAAUGGGAUCUCUUGGUUAAUGUUACAUCUAAAAAUAAUAUUCCAAAGGAUUGACAGGUUAAAAUGUUCAUUAACAGUAAUUACAUACAGUAGGAUAGUAGCCAAGUAAUUUACAUGGAACUAUUUGUUUUGGAAAUAUUUGAGAGGGUAUAGCACUAACAUUAAUUGCACUUAACCUUACUGUUGUACUACCUCACUUCUUUAAGUACCAGUGGAAUCAAUCUUCUUUAACAGUUGAUAAUUUGAUAAUGAGUUAUAUUUUGUCUACCCAGGGAUUAGGGAGAAAAAGACAUCCUGAGAAAUCUGGUCAGUUUGAUCCUUCACUUAUAGCCUGGUGUAAAAAUAAUGGCAAUAAUGUUGGCAGACCUCUGACCUCAACAUAUAGGCAGGAUUUUAGACUGGAGGAGCCCUUAGUUCAAAAGUUAGUCAAACGCCCAAAAACAUCUUUUGAUGGUCCAUUGACCACAACCUACCGUACAGUCCAUGGAACUGAUGCACCUAACCGUGACUUGAUCAAUGCAAUGAACAAUGAGGCUUUGAUGCUCACAACACACCACAGGCAGUGCCAGGCUAAGCAGAAAGUUUCAGGUCGUCGUGAAACAGUGGCAUCUUGUCUGUCAUGGUAUCAUCCUCGAGUUCCAACAGCAACCAAUCAUUCAGUGUACACUGAUAUUGAAAUCAGGCCCAUACAAAAUAUGAACAACUCCACUGAUGUGGAGUCUCAGGCACUUUGUCCUUCAUCUGAUCCAGCACCCACUUGCUGUGAAUGAUACAAUAUAAAAAAGAUAAGAGGUGGAAACAUAAGAUUUCUUUUAUCUUUCUUUAAACAAGCCUUAAAAGCCAUUGCAGCAUUUUAAAACAUCUGAUCUUAAUUUAAAAAUGAAAAAUAUAUAUUUAAGCAUCAAUUCUCUAGUAAAAUUGUUUCUUAAAAAAGUACAAUUAAUCUUUCAAUGCAUUUUAAAGCUGACAAAAUUUAAACUUACUACUAUGUGAAAAUAGAUAUACUUGAAAAUUUUUUUUCUUUUUAAUUAAACCAAUGUGAAAUGAAAAGAACUAUAAUAUGUUUGACUUUGUUGCACCCUUUAAUGAAUUAAAAAAAGCAACAAC